AAACUGCUUAGACAAUCUAAUGGAUGAAGAUGAGAAAGACAGAGCAAAGAGGGCUUCACGUAACAAGUCUGAGAAGAAGAGGCGCGAUCAGUUCAAUGUUCUCAUCAAAGAGCUCAGCUCCAUGCUUCCAGGCAACACUCGCAAAAUGGACAAAACUACUGUGCUGGAAAAAGUCAUUGGCUUUCUGCAGAAACACAAUGAAGUCUCAGCACAGACGGAGAUUUCUGAAAUUCAGCAGGACUGGAAGCCUUCAUUUCUCAGCAAUGAAGAAUUCACCCAGCUGAUGUUGGAGGCAUUAGAUGGCUUCAUUAUAGCAGUAACUACAGGUGGAAGCAUCAUCUAUGUGUCUGACAGCAUCACACCUCUUCUAGGGCAUUUACCGUGUGAUGUCUUGGAUCAGAAUUUGUUGAAUUUCCUCCCAGAACAAGAACAUUCAGAAAUUUAUAAGAUGUUAUCUUCUUGCAUGCUUAUGACAGAUUCUGCCUCACCGGAUUACCUAAAAACUGACAAUGAACUAGAGUUUUAUUGUCAUCUUCUGAGAGGAAGUUUGAACCCAAAGGAAUUUCCAACAUAUGAAUACAUAAAAUUUGUAGGAAAUUUUCGGUCUUACAGCAAUGUGCCUAACUCCACUUGCAAUGGCUUUGACGAGGCUGUCCCGAGGGCUUACAGAACGUCCCUGGGAAAGCAGAUCUGCUUCGUUGCGACUGUUCGUUUGGCAACGCCUCAGUUUUUAAAGGAGAUGUGCAUUGUGGAAGAACAUCUAGAGGAAUUCACAUCAAGACACAGUCUGGAGUGGAAAUUUUUAUUCCUGGAUCACAGAGCACCGCCAAUUAUAGGAUACUUGCCUUUUGAAGUGCUGGGUACUUCUGGCUACGACUAUUACCACAUAGAUGACCUGGAGCUGCUAGCAAGGUGCCAUGAACACUUGAUGCAGUUCGGCAAGGGGAAGUCGUGCUGCUAUCGGUUUCUGACCAAAGGACAGCAGUGGAUCUGGCUGCAGACCCAUUACUAUAUCACCUACCACCAGUGGAACUCCAAGCCAGAGUUUAUUGUGUGCACACACAUGGUGGUAAGUUAUGCAGAUGUUCGGGUGGAGAGGAGACAGGAGAUGGGCUUGGAAGAAGUGUCCUCAGAGGUUGUGUCCUCAGCACUCAAGGACAAUGGUGCCAGCUUGGAUCCUGAACAGCACUUUAAUGCACUUGAUGUUGGUGCCUCAAUCCUCAGCGCCAGUCGGACACCCUCAGUAUCAUCUAGAAGCUCACCAAAAUCUUCCCACACACCCAAGUCAGACCCAGCAUCUACACCAACAAAGCUGAUUGCAGAGUCUAACACUCCCUUGCCAAGAACACCAAGCGCGCAGCAGGAUCUAUCUCUGCAUAGACUCAGUCAACCUACUGCUCUUCAGGUUUCUUUGCCUUCUCAGCCUCCAUGUGAGCUUCUCCCACAGCAGUUGCUGCCUCAAGCAACUCUGCAAAAUCAGCCUGCACCUCUGGCACAGUUCUCAGCACAGUUCAGCAUGUUCCAGACAAUCAAGGACCAACUAGAGCAGCGGACACGGAUCCUGCAGGCCAACAUCCGGUGGCAGCAGGAGGAGCUCCAGAAGAUCCAGGAGCAGCUCUGCCUGGUCCAAGACUCCAGCGUACAGAUGUUCUUACAGCAGCCAACAGUGUCCCUGAGCUUUAGCAAUACUCAGCAGCUGGACCCACAACAGCUACAGCAGAGGUCAGAGGCCAUUUCUCAGCAGCAGCUUGUAUCCAGUCCUCAACUCCAAGGGCAAAUCACAUCUUCACAAACAACAAACCAGCAGGCACUGAGAGAAGCAAGCGUGAUAUUGAGCCAGGUAAUAAUUUCUUUGAAUAGAGAAGUGUUUAGGUGGAAAAAAGACACCAAACUGUUAUUAAGCAAGGAAGUAAAAUCAUGUCAAUCCUGUAAGUAUGCCUUUGCCUUCCCUUCCUUAUUCUUCUCUAUAAGGGAUCGUGUGCCAGGCACCCACAUCAUCCCAGAGGGCAAGCACUGCCCCAGCCUCCUCCUCCAAGUGCCCAGGAUGUGCCUGCCACAGCUAGAAGCUGAGGUCAGACCUCCUAACACUCAGCCUAGUGCCAUGCCUGUGAAAAUGUCCUGUUUCUGUUUGCGAAAUGUGUGGUCCUUCUGUUCUCGCAAUGUCAUUCUUUCUUUUUUCCCAUGCAUCAGACUGUUGCUGAGCCAGCCUAUUCAGCCCAUGAUGCCUGGGUCCUGUAAUGCAAGACACUCUUCAGACCUCAGCAUGGCAGGAUCCCAGGCUAAGUAUUCUCAAACCCAACAAAUGUUUCAAAGUUUGGAAGUGCAGACUUCCAGCAGCAGCUCUCCAAUCAUACUGAUGGGACAAGCAGUGUUAAACCAAGGGUUCACCACUACACCUCCUUCCCAGCCAUCUUCUCUGCCACCUAUGCAACUCCAGCACCAACAGCAUCAGCAACAACGCUACCUGCAGGUGCAAACACCAAGUUCUUUGCACAAUGAACAACCCGAUUCUUUGCUCCUGCCAUCUUACUCACCACAGCAAGGAAAUAUGGGGUAUCAUCAGACACAACAGCAGCAGCAGCAACAGCAACAACUAACAUCAAGAAGAAGGAAUAGCUUAUCAGAAUCAUCAAAUUUACCACAGCCACUGCGAUAGAGUCCCACCAGCACAAUCAAUGCACGAUUAGCUUUAACCAAUGGGCACAUGGGGCAGAAGAGAAUGACUUUGUACUUACUGUUCUGGCUUUUGCACAAGCAUUUCUUUCAAAGCUCUAUGACAGAAGUACGCCACAGAGUGCAGACUGCAACUGACAGCGCAUUCACAGCACGCUGGAUUCAGUUUGCGCUAUCUCGUGAGCACAGUAUGUACUGACAGAGCAAAACAAAGAGGAACACUACCCUGUGCAGCCUCUAUCACCAGUGAGUGCACAGGAGAAGGCGUUCAAUCUCAGCAUGUCAUUCUGAAAGCUAUCUGGCAAUUCCAAAAGACUGUUGGCAGACUCAUGAGGUAUUUGGCCUUCACUGUUUCAGUUCUUCUUUUGUGUAUGAAAAGCACUGCGUCAAAGGUCUAUUGAGGAGAGAACAAGAGAUUAUUUUUAUUAUGAUUAUUGUUAUUAUUUUGCACAACUGCACAGAGGACAAAACCUAGGCACUUUCUGUAAAGAGAAGUUUGUUUCUUCAUUCUUGUGGCCAAACUAGCACAUCCAAUGGAGGAGAAAGCCCAGCCAUUGGUGAGGAUGGUCUACAGCUCAUAACCCUUGAUUUAGAAUCUGAAAAGUAUUAUGCAGCUUACCCUAACUGUUCUUCAUUACGAAACAACCAACCAAAAAAACAAACCCACAACCCACUCUGGACUGUUUCCUACAUGAAUUGUGAUUGCAAAAGAGAACUCAAAUUGUAAGCACAAUCAUGCAACUCUCCAGUAGUACAACAUGAAUCCUUCUUCAACCCAUGAAUCCUUCAACCUCGCCCACUCCAAGUCUCUGAGAAAUAUGCACUGUGUUUUGGCCCAGUGACUCGGGAUGCUGCAGACUAUUACAUAUCUCUUUCAUUGUAACAUUUAGGAUUAAAUUUUCCUUUGAAGGAAAAAAAAAAGAAAUGCACUUUUCGCUUUUUUUGUAUGUUUUCCGUUGAUAUGUUUCUAAGAAAGAUUUUAUGUAAUUAUUAAAUAAAAAGUAGUGUAUUGUACAGCUGUUGUAAUAAUGACCUAUUUCUAUAUAAAAUAAAAUUAUAUGGAAUUAUGUGGAAAUUAUUUUGUAUAUGAAAUAUCAACUCAUUUCACAAGUAUAAAGAUUGUGCUUGUGCUUUUUUGUGAGUGGGUAUUUUGUAAUAAACUAAUUAAUUAGAAAUGUUUUUGUGAAGGGAACUGCUGUUUCAUGCUAUAUACAACUCAAACUAUUAUUUUUCCAUUUAAUGAUGGACAGUUGUCUUUAUUUGUAGAAUAAAAUAAAAUAGCCAAAAGGCUUUAUUGCAGGACUUGCACACA